AUGUGGAAGUUUGAUUUAGCUGCCCUUCGCACUGGAAUCUCAUGGGGCGAAACACCUAUCAUAACUACCACGUUGUCAGCAGUGGUUGCUUUGGUCCUCUACAGGCGGUGGCGUAAAUCACGUGGUCAACUUCAACCAAGCGGUAAAACUGUUUUGAUAACCGGUUGUGACAGUGGUAUAGGAUAUAUUGUCGCCCGAUGGUUGGAUAAACUAGGUUUCACUGUAUAUGCUGGAUGUCUCUUUGCUGACGGAGACGGAGCUCAGAAACUAAAAGAUUCUUGUUCAACUCGCCUCCGCAUAAUCCAACUUGAUAUCACUGAUGCCCAGCAGGUGGCGAAAGCUGUUGCCACAAUUGAAGAAAGCUUGUCACCAGCUGAAGGACUUUACGGGUUGGUGAAUAAUGCAGGAAUCCUGAGCAUGGGGGCGCUAGAGUGGUAUCCAGAUGCUCAUUGGACCCAGGUGGUGGAUGUAAAUAUUAAAGGCACCUUUCGCGUGACAAAAUCGUUUCUACCGCUCAUUCGAAGGGGGCGUGGUAAGUAUAUCCUA